ACAGAGUAUCGGAGCGAGCGGGAGACGCGGAGAGAGCGCACGGGGCGCGCGGAUCGGCUGGAAUAAGAAACAUUUCCCAACACUUUCAAAAACUUUCUCAACUCGGCCGACAGAUAUGGAUACCAUCAUUUUGAGCAUAUUACUCCUGCAUACGGCGUUUGGAAGCGCAGGAGCCCAGUACACUCCCGCUCAAAUGGGACACGCGGAGAAAGGCGGCUGCACCUUCGAUGAUGGCCCAGCACAAUGCGACUACCAGCAGGAUCCUUACGACGACUUCGACUGGACACACGUCAGCGCUCAAGAAGUUCCGUACCUGCCCUCUGACCUUCCCCAGGGCUCGUACAUGAUGGUGGACACCUCGCAGCACGAUUACGGAGAAAAGGCUCGCCUGCAGCUGCCCGUGAUGAAAGAAAAUGACACUCACUGCAUCGACUUCAACUAUCUUCUGCACUGCCCCGACGGCUCCAGCCCCGGUACGCUCAACAUCCUGGUGAAGGUCAAUAAAGGGCCUCUGGCCAAUCCCAUCUGGAACGUCACUUCCUGCACAGGCAAAGGCUGGAUGAAGGCGGAGCUUGCUGUCAGCACUUUUUGGCCCAAUGAGUAUCAGGUCAUAUUCGAGGCAGAGGUGACAAAUGGCAGAAGAGGUUUCAUUGCCAUUGAUGACAUCCAGGUGCUCAGUUACCCAUGCGUGGACUGUCCUUAUGAAACCGGGACAAAAGGAUCAAUAUAUUCAUCAAGUUGUACACGGCGUAACGGAGAGGACAUUCCAGUGGCGGAGAAGAAAAACAUCAACCACAGGAAGUUUGCGGCCUCUUUCCGACUGAGAGAAGUGACCAGUCAGGACCAAGAUCUGUACCGCUGCGUCACCCAAUCAGAGAGAGGAUCCGGAGUCUCCAACUUUGCUGGACUCAUCGUCAGAGAGCCCCCGAGACCCAUUGCUCCACCUCAGCUGCUGGGUGUCGGGCCCACAUACCUGCUAAUCCAGCUAAACGCUAACUCCAUAUUCGGGGACGGCCCCAUCAUCCUGAAGGAGGUGGAGUACAGGAUGACAUCUGGAAGCUGGACAGAGACCCACGCCGUCAACUCGCCCAAUUACAAGCUGUGGCACCUGGAUCCCGACACGGAGUAUGAGAUCCGAGUGCUGCUGACCCGUCCGGGAGAGGGGGGAACCGGACAGCCCGGGCCACCUCUCAUAACCAGAACCAAGUGUGCAGAGCCCAUGCGGACCCCCAAGAGUCUGAAGAUCGCAGAGACGCAGGCGCGCUUCAUCGCCGUGGACUGGGAGUCGCUGGGCUACAACAUCACCCGCUGCCACACCUUCAACGUCACCAUCUGCUAUCACUACCACAAAACCAACCAGAGCAAAGCCGACUGCCUGGAGAUGGACCCCAAAGCCCCCCGACACGUGGUGGGCAACCUGCCGCCUAACACCAACGUCAGCCUGAAGAUGAUCCUCACCAACCCGGAGGGACGCAAAGAGAGCGACGAGACCGUCAUCCAGACGGAGGAGGAUGCGCCUACUCUAGAGGAGUAUGAUGGGUCGGAAGCGUCCCUGAACGAGACGGCCACUACCAUCACCGUCCUGCUGAAACCUGCCCAGGCUAAAGGAGCUCCUAUCAGUGCCUAUCAGAUCGUUGUGAGGGAGAUCAUCCCGCACCGUGCGCGGCGGGAGGCCAGCGGCGGGGAGUGUUACCGUGAGCCGGUGUCCUAUCAGAACGCCGCCAGCGCCGGGCUGCCGUAUUACUUUGCAGCGGAGCUCCCACCCAGAAAUCUCCCAGAACCGCUGCCAUUUACCGUGGGAGACAACAAGACAUACCACGGCUACUGGAACGCCCCCCUCGCGCCCCGCAAAAACUACAACAUCUACUUUCAGGCAGUCAGCAGAGUGGAGAAGGAAAGUAAAACGCAGUGUUUGAAACUGGCUUUUAAAGGGGCCACAGAGGAGCCGGAAGUGAUUCCAGACCCGGCCAAACAGACCGACCAAGUGGUGAAAAUUGCCGGCAUCAGCGCUGCCGUGCUGGUCUUCAUUCUCCUGGUGCUCGUGGCCAUCCUGCUGGUGAAGAAAAGGAAGCUCGCCAAGAAGCGCAAGGACGCCAUCGGAAACACCCGUCAGGAGAUGACGCACAUGGUCAACUCCAUGGAUCGCAGUUAUGCAGACCAGAGCACUCUGCACGCCGAGGAGCCCGUGUCUGUCACCUUCAUGGACUCGCACAGCUUCAGCAACCGCUUGCCUAAUGACCCUCUCGUGCCGACAGCUGUAUUAGGUGAGGAUUGUGGGUGUAUGGUGUGCCAGUAUCUGUGUCUGUGGAGUUUCAUCAGAGCAAUUCAGUUCAAUCUGUGCCGUGGCUCAAAGACAACAUGA